AUGGAGACAAAUAUUGCACAUCCUUCUACUGAGCUGAUUCUGGUAUUUCGGAACCCAAAAGAUACCGCUGUAUCCUAUUACCACUUCCACCAAACCAACCCUGGACUUGUCAGCUACAAUGGCUGGGAUGAAUUCUUCCCAAAGUUCAUGGCAGGAGAAGUGUGCUGGGGCUCUUACUUCGAGUAUGCAGCUGAGUGGGAGAAGCAUAUCGAAGACGAAAAUCUUCUGGUUAUAACAUUUGAAGAACUGAAGCAGAACUUGUAUGAAGGUGUUAAAAGUCUAGCAGCUUUCUUGGGGUUCUCCCUAAAUGAAGAACAACUUCAAAGCAUUACCAAGAAAGGUGACUUCCAGGCAAUGAAGAGCAAAUCUCAGGAAAAAAAUCCUUCACUUGUUAAUAUUUUCUACCGUAAAGGAGAGGUUGGGGACUGGAGGAACUAUUUCAGUGAAGCUCAGAACCUAGAGAUGGAUGCCAUGUUUGAGAAGUACCUAGCAGGAACAAAACUGGGGAAGAAACUACAAUACGAUGUGUACUGCAAAUAAAGCCUGAAAGACACUAUGCAAUAGGCUCUAGUUGAACUCUAGAAUCAAGCCAUUGUUUAAAAACCUUGUCAUCUCAAUGUGUUCUUAAGUUUACCUUCUUCAGUGAGCAACUCUGUGGUAAGGUAUAUCAUGUAAUACCACACUGUAUUAAGAGGUUUUAUGUCAGUGUAUGCAACAUUCCAAAUGUGGAGCCUGACAAGUUUAUGGCCACUGCGUACUCACUUGUGAGCAUUCUUAGAGUGGCAGCAUGCAAGUCUUCCUUAACAGAUAAGUAUGCCAAACACUAAUGAAAAUAACCAUUUAAUUGUAGCCGUGCAUACUGAGUCAUUAUUUACCAGGUAGAGUCUCAAAGAGCAUUCUUUAAAUUUGAAAAUUAAUAUUUUUUUAAAAACUAUCGUCUUCUGCAUAUAAAAUUUUAUUUUUUAGCUACAUGUAUGCAUACCAUGCAAGUCAUGGUCCACAGAUUAGUUUGUAACAGUACAUUUAGAAUACUACAGAAAAAAGUACUUUUAUGUUGGACAGUAGAAGAGCUGAACUACGUGAACAGAUUUUGUUAUAUCCUUAAAGUCCCUUUAAAUACUAGAUUUUAAACUGUAGGUGUGUUGUGUUCACUCUGUGCUGUUGCUGAUAUGAAAUGUAAUAUAUUAAUAUAUGUCUUUAAUUAAGGAAUACAUUUGGAAUUUGUGAUAUCAAGGCACUAAAAUGUGGAGUGUGUGUCACUUGUUUGUAACAGACAGCACCACUGUAGGACUUUUUUUCCCCCAUAGUAAGCAUAAUUGUAUUUUUUUUUUAUUUUGUAGGAGCAUUAAACACCAAAUAAAUUAAAACAGAAAAUUGAGAUGUUGCAAGUGGAAAGUUACUAUUGGGUAUCACAAACAAGAUUUUCUGGAAUUGCACUAAUGUGGAUAAUGCAGGUUCUUAGAUUUUUUGAGAUGAUUUGUUUACAAUAAAUAUAGUUGCCAUUCCAUUCUUUUAGUUCUUGAUUAGUCACGGUCUUCCCAACAUAAAUGAACUCCCUCUUGUCACUGCCUUAUUGUCAUCAUUUUAAAUGAAGUCUAGUUUAGAUAAUUCAGCUCUUUUCACUGGACAGCCCUUUCAUUCAUUUUCUUGUGUGCCUGGGAAGAGUACAGUUGCCUGUAGCUGUUGACUGAUCCCCUAGUAUUUGAAUUGGACCAGGCACACUAUACUGGUGAAAGCCCAAAAUGCAUAAUAUGCAAGGAAACGCCAAUAUGAUGUAUGGGAAAGUGGGAUAUACCAGUAUUUUAUGUUUGUGUGUGUGUGUGUGUAUACAUAUGUAUGUAUCCAACUUUGUGUGCAAACUGUAAAAUAUAUCACUCCCCCAAGGUUAUAUAAUAAGCACGCAGCUGGAACUGGCACAUGUUGGUUCUUCCACCUAGUUUCCAGUCAUCUUUUUACUGCUGUGUACUGGAAGUUUUUUUGCAUAAAGGAAGGGUUGUUAGGAUAUGAAUUCUGCACGUUUACUGAUAAUGAGUAUUAAUAGUGCUAUAGGCAUUCCAAGAGAAAAAAAAAUGUUAUUGGAAGGAUAAAUUUUUUUUUUCAUUGCAUGACAGAGAACAAGGUAGCAGGAUUCAUGUCAGGAGAAAAGUAACUUGUACAGGUUUACUGUGCAGUUACAUAAUGUUAAGCUCAUUGGGUCAGAAGCAACAUUUUUAUAUAUGAAAUUGCUUUUAUGGGACACUAUUAAUCAUUCCAGACGUAGUGCAGUAAAUGUAAUGAAAGCAAGAUUAGAAUAAAGCAUUCUUCCUGUG